GUCGUCAUUGCGUUUCCCGCGACGUGCCGCCAGCCAAACACCGGCUUGGAAAUCCCAAGGCUGCAGCCCCAACGACUGGCUGGGAGCGCAACGGGAGCUUUAUGCUUGAAUGCCCAACUGCGACGCCCCAGACGACCGCGGGAGACAACUAGGAAACCCGGAUCUCGCGCCAAGACAGCCCCUCGAGACCAAAAAGGGCAAUGGCCGCCACGCCCGAUGCACCCCUGCAGACGCGCGUGGUCGACGACAAGUCACCUCUCUGCAUCCCCUUCAUCCUCGAGCAGCUCGCCAAGUACAAGAAACAGACCGAGGGGCCGAGCAGUACACGGCCGUUCAUCGUCGGGAUAAACGGCGUGCAGGGCGUCGGCAAGACAACCCUGGUCCGCGCUCUGGCCGAGACCCUGCAGGAUCGCGAGGGUCUCCCGACGCUGGUGGUGAGCAUCGACGACUUCUACCUCACCCAUGCAGACCAGCUUGCCCUGGCAGCGGCGCAUCCAGAUAAUGCGCUGGUGCAGUACAGGGGCCAGCCAGGAACGCACGACCUCGCCCUGUUCGAGACCUUCCUAACCUCCCUCAGCGCCGGCAAGCCCACCCCGAUCCCGCAGUACGACAAAUCCGCCUUCUCCGGCCUCGGCGACCGCGUGCCGCCGUCGUCCUGGCCGACCACCAGCGCCACCAGCCCGCCGCAAGUCCUGAUCCUCGAAGGCUGGUGCGUCGGCUUCCGGCCGCUGCCGGCCGACACGCUGGAGCGCAAGUGGCGCGCGCCCGGCGCGCGCACGCUGCACCGGCACAAGCUCGAGCACCUGCUCUUCGUCAACGACCGGCUGGCCGCCUACGACGGGCUGGUCAACGCGGCGCUCGACGCGUUCGUGCACGUCGACGCCGAGGACACGGCGUACGUGUACGCGUGGCGCGCCGAGCAGGAGGCGCAGCUGCGCCGCGAGCGCGGCGCCGGCAUGUCCGAGGACCAGGUCGUCCGCUUCGUCGACGCGUACUACCCCGCGUACGAGCUGUACACGGACGGGGUGCGGGAGGGGGUGCUGGCGGCUGCGGGGAAGGGGACGGGGCGGCAGUUGAGGCUGGUUGUCGGGCGGGAUCGGAGGGUGAAGGAGAGUAUGGUGAUAUGAUCUGGUAGAACGGUGCGUCGUAGACUAAAAAAGAGAGAGAGAUCUACUUUAGAUACCAGCUACAUACCUAGCCAUCUAUGUGAAGUUACCUAGCUUCACCCCACUCUCUCUGCGAUGAGAGAUGCAGCUCCGUCCAUCCCAUGCAAAUUAAUAACAAUAGAUGUUGCCCAGGCACUGCUAUAUCCCGCCGCUUGUCGUCAUCAAGUUUCGUUAGUCAUAAAGUCGUCAACAAUGGCGUGCUCUUGGUCGUUA